UUUUCACAAAAUAUGAAUAACUAAAAAAUAAUAUGACGACAUAUGUCACGUGAUUUGGAACGUGCGCGAGACUCUGCGAGACGUCCGCCGUUUGUCGAGCGGAAGGGCUUGAGGUGUACCCUGCCGACUCUUUUCCGCUCAGAUGUACCGCAGUCCAAUGCGACCUCAGCGGAGUCCCGGAGCUUCGCGGCCGGCUGGAUGGUCGCCAGUUUCAGGCUGGGGUUUCACCGGAGCCCGCUCACCGUUUGGAAGCGUGGGUCACCGCGGAGCUUCCCCACAAGGCUUCACCGCUUACUGUCCGGGUUCUCCGGGCUCUGAGCGCGGAUGUAGAGAGCGUUCUCCGUCCGGGUUCGGCAGUGGACCCCGGCUGUUCGGAAGACAAAUGCAUCGCAGAGGGGGCGGUUUUCGGCGGCCACAGUUGUUCAGCCCAAAUGUCCAGUUUUCAGACUUGCCCGUGGAGAAAUAUUUCAAUCCAUCAAUGCUGCAGGAUCCAUGGGCAGCUCUGCAGCCGCUCACAUCUACAGACGCAGCUGCAACCAGAUACGCGAUGUGAGGAAACACAUGUCUGUGUUUAUCACCAGUGCUUUCUACACACUUUACUAGCAGUUCUCAUUCAUUUAUGCUUUAUAGUUAUAUAGUGUGUUUUGAUUUUUUUAACUAUACUAAAAACAGCCUUUUAUAACCAGGUUAAUUCAUUAAAUAUUCAUUAGCAGUUUGUAGAAGUUUUAGUUUGUAUUUGAAAUAAAAAGAAAAAAACGUUUUGUCAACUACAGCUUUUCCUUUAAUCUGUACAUUGUAAAAGCAGUAAUGUCUGUUUGAAAUAAACACACAAAUAGGACAAUGA